AAACAGAAGAGUAGCUUCUACUUUGUACUAUUCUCUUCACUCUCUAUCUACGCUACACUCAACCCAUUUACCUGUCCUUAUAUAUGUUUAUAUAAAUUUAUAUAAAUAAACUUUCUCCUCUGCUCUCUCUACAUUGAGCAAAAAGAAUCUUGGAGAUCGAGAGGUCAUCGUUGUCAUUCCUGCGCUGAAGAUUAACAUAACGACCUUGCGCACCCAGGAACAGGGCAUUGUGUGACUUAGCAAUAUGGAGAGAAGCACUCCGGUGAGGAAGCCUUACACUUCAACCGCAGAUCUGCUCACUUGGUCCGAAACUUCACCUGCCGAUUCCCCAGCUCCUCCUUCCUCUGCUCUUCGUUCUCACCAGCCGUCCGAUGGGAUCAGGAAGGUGGUUUUUGGGGGUCAGGUCACUGAUGAAGAGGUCGAGAGCUUAAACAAACGAAAGCCUUGUUCGGAGUAUAAGAUGAAGGAGAUAACUGGUAGUGGAAUAUUUGUAGCCAAUGGAGAAGAUGAGACAGCAGAAACUGGCAGUGCCAACCCUCCCCCAAAUAAGACUGGAGUACGAAUGUACCAGCAAACAAUUGCUGGAAUCAGCCAUAUCUCCUUUGGUGAGGAGGAGAGUGUUUCUCCAAAAAAACCUACUACUUUGCCUGAGGUGGCCAAGCAGCGUGAGCUAAGUGGAACUCUGGAAAGUGAAGACUCUCAAUUGAAAAAACAGCUUUCUGAUGCGAAGUGCAAGGAGCUCAGCGGUCAUGACAUAUUUGCUCCACCACCAGAAAUCAAACCCAGGCCAAUAACUCCUCGCAUACUGGAGUUAAAAGGGAGCAUAGACAUUGGAGAACGUCAUGCUGAUGGGGAUCAAGGUGAUACCAUGUCUACAGGGGAACCAAUUAUGAAGACAGCAAAGAAGAUUUAUGACAAGAAAUUUGCAGAACUUUCGGGGAAUGACAUAUUCAAAGGUGAUGUGCCGCCUUCAUCUGCUGAGAAAUCAUUGAGUGGGGCUAAACUACGAGAGAUGAGUGGUAGUAACAUCUUUGCUGAUGGGAAGGUAGAAGCUAGAGACUACUUAGGGGGUGUACGGAAGCCACCUGGUGGCGAGAGCAGCAUUGCCUUGGUAUAAUUUAUUAGGUCUAACUUAUCUUCAUACUGUCUUGUUUUGUUUUAAUUAAUUUUUAGUGGGGAUGUGUUAUUAUAUUAUUUGACCAAAAAGGACCAUCUGCUAAUUGGUUGUAUGUCCAUAAUCCUGUGUUUUCCUCCGUGUUUGCUUUUAAUGAGUGAUUUGGACUGUUUACCUGAUCCA